CCAUUUAACGAGGCUACAGUCAAAAGAGCUAAUGAUCAUGCUGAGUUUGAAUCUCAAGUUGCUGAACACAAUGAAGCCAUCAGUGCCAUCGAUGAAUCCUUAUAAUUGCUCAGUCAAUUGGAAUCACCAUCCCUUGUCCAAAUCCAAAAGGUCUAAAAGAAUUUGACCAAAAUCCAACAAUCCCUCAAGAGACACAGCACCUUCUAAACCUUCAUCAAGACUCUCUUAGAAAUCGCUGUUGAAGCAAACUUCGCUGAUCAAGGUGCUCUUAGAGAAAUUCUUACUGCAUUCAAUAAUUUGAGAGUCCAAUUGGUUGACUCCCUCAAUCAACUCACUGCUGACGAAGCUGAAGCUUAAAAAGACUUCGAAGCAAGAGUUAUCUAAUUAAACCAAGAACACGCUGAAUUCCAAAGAGCUGUUGUUGUCAAGACUGCUGAAAUCGAGGCUAAUGCAAACAAGAUUGAGUAAACCCUUGAUUUGAUCGAUGUCUUACAUGCUGAUUUGGAUACUUUGAAUGGAUAAUUGUAAGCAGAAAACGACGACUACGCCUUUGCAACUGAUGUCUACAAUGCCACCGUUUCAGAAUACAAUAAGGAAUUGAAUGCUGCCCAUUAAGCCUUGGACUUAUUAAACCAACCAAGAUUCACCGAUUAUGUCAAAUCCCAACUCAAGGGAGCAUUUUGAUAUUAUUCAUUCAAUAAUAGUAAAUGAAUUCAUUGUAUAAACCAUUCUUCAUUAAUUCA